GCUCUCUCAAGCUCAGGUUCGUUCUCCCAUUUCAUAAACCAUAGAUCAGCCGUUCGCCGCUCUCCCCAGCUCAUCUCCAUCUCCCAAGUAAAAAUGAAGGUUGUCGCUGCUUAUUUGCCCGCUGUUUUGGGCGGAAACAGCAGCCUAUCUGCUGAGGAUAUCAAGGGCAUCUUGGGAUCAGAUAAUUUAGACUUCCGCAAUGCUCGACUCAAGUUUUUAUCAAGAAGCUCACAAUGUCUAAAGAAAACCAGGGCCUCUUCUGUAUCUUGUUCUCUAGAAAGCUCUGGAAAAGACUGCAAAACUUUUCACCCUAAAGUUAAAAUGUGUGGGAUCACCUCUGUUAGAGAUGCAGAACUUGCUGCUCAAGCUGGUGCUAAUCUUAUUGGGAUGAUACUUUGGCCCCACUCAAAGCGUUCUGUGUCACUGGAAGUCGCAAAGGAAAUCUCAAAAGCUGCCCGAGACAAUGGCGCAGAGCCAGUUGGAGUGUUUGUUGAGGAUGAUGUGAGCACAAUACUACGAGUCACCGAAGUAUCUGGCCUUGAGUUUGUCCAACUUCAUGGAGAUUGUUCUCGUGCUGGGCUCCGAGAGUUGCUGCCAUUGAGUAGGGUUAUUUACGUUAUCCAUGCUGAUGAAAAUGGGAAACUUCUCAACCAUGUUCCUGGUGAAGCUGCUGCCUUAGUUGACUGGGUUCUGGUAGAUAGCACGAAGGGGGGCAGUGGCAAAGGAUUCAAUUGGCAAAGGUUUAAAUUGCCUCCGGUCAGAAGCAAACAUGGCUGGUUGUUGGCCGGAGGCCUCCAUGCUGAAAAUGUUCUGGAGGCAGCUCUAUGUCUUAAACCAGAUGGAGUUGAUGUUAGCAGCGGCAUCUGUGGUCCUGAUGGGAUCAACAAGGAUCCUUUGAAGAUAUCCUCUUUCGUUAGCAAAGUCAAUUCAUUGAGCUACUGAGUCAGUACUCAGAAUAUUUGGUUGAAAUAAUUUUAUUCUCCUUAAACUAUGGUUAUGUAUGUCAUAAUGGGCUUUUUAAUAUUAUAUUAUUUUAUGUAUUUUGAGACU